AUGUCGAUCCCCAACGAAGCCCUGCAAAAGCUUGUGCAGGAGAUCGAGGCCCGCGCGAUCAGCUCGCAACAGCAGAUCAACAUCACCAAGGCGCAGAUCACGGCCAAGCAGCGUGAGGUACGCCUGUUAGAUCUGACGGCCAAGGAGCUGGGGACCCUACCGAAGGACACCAGGGUGUACGAGGGGGUUGGAAAGAUGUUCAUCGGGGUUCCGAUCAAUGCCGUCGAGAAACGUCUUUCCACCGAGACAACAGAGCUUCAGACUGAAAUGUCGGGCUUGGAUAAGAAGCUGCACUACUACGAGACCACAUAUAAGAACAGCCGGGAGAACAUGGAGCAGAUUCUCAAGUCGGGCGGGCUCAGGGGGUAA